GGACGCACUGCCGGAGUCACAUCGCCCUGUUCCGUCUCACCAAUCCUGCAGAGAUGAAGUACUUGGUGUUUGUGCUUCUGGCGGCUGCCGCUUGCGCUUCUGAGGUGGAGAAGCGAGAGGCGGAGCCAAGUCGUGCCUACAACUAUGGUUAUGGUCUCCAUCACCAUGCCUACUACCCCCGCACCUAUCACCCCUACCACACCUACCACAAGAGGUCCGCCGAGCCUGAGGCCGAAGCCGAGCCCUCUUACGGUUCCUACCACUACCCAGGCUACUACCGUCCCUAUUCCUACGGCUACCACAACACUCCCUACGUCCACCACCACCACAAGAGGUCCGCCGAGCCUGAGGCCGAGGCAGAGCCCUCUUACCAAGCUUACUACCACCCCUAUUCCUACGGUUACCAAGCACACCACUACAUUCCCUCCGUCCACCACCACCACAAGAGGUCCGCUGACCCCGUUGCUGAGGCUGAAGCCAGCUACGGUCACAGGUCAUACCACCCCGUCUAUUACCCCUCCUACCACUACACACCCUAUUCUCACAGCCACCACAAGAGAUCUGCCGAGCCAGAAGCUGAUCCUGGUUUCGCCCAUGGCUACCACCAGGCCGUGUACCGCCCCUACCACAGUGGAGCUCAAUAUGGGUACGGUUACCGCGCCACCACCACUAAGGCACAAGAGGUUUAUAUGCCCUGACCUUGUCUGAGAGUUUCAUCUCGAAAUUUAAUUUAAAAACAAUAAAGUCAAUCCAAAUUAA